AUGGAAUCGGUCGCCCCCACUUUGCUGGCCGUUGUUCUUCUUGUAUACUGCUGUUUUCAUCUCGUACGCCCUCGAACACCCCGACUCCCUUUGCCUCCAGGGCCCACCCUUCUCUCCGGACCAUUUCCUGAGAAAGAUAUCGCGACCACAUUUCGAAAAUGGAAUAAAAGAUAUGGCCCUCUAGUUAGCUUCAAGAUUGGAAGCCGUACGUUUGUCGUCCUCGGAACCCGCCAAGCCGCACAGGAUCUGCUGGAGAAGCGAGGCAGCAUCUACAGCUCUCGGCCCCCUUCGGUAUGGAUGGAAAAGUACCUCAACAAGGGACUGGCGGCAGCAUUCAUGCCGUAUGGCCCUGAGUGGAGGCUGAAUCGGCGUCUGCAUGGCUCUCUGCUGAGUGCUCAUCACACCAAUGCAUAUCGUUAUUUGCAAGAUAUCCAGAGCAAGCAUCUCCUGCACGAGUUUCUCUCGACCAAUGACUUUCCCCACUGCUUUCAUCAAUACACGUCGAAUGUGAUGUUCACUCUGGUGUACGGAAAAGGAAGAGGCAAGGACGACAACGAUCACAGAAGAUUGGAGCAAAUCAACGAAAUGGCCGGGUUUGUGUUGCAAGGGGCGUCUUUCUGGACCGUCCUGAUCGACCUGUUCCCCAUUCUCGACCGUCUACCCCGGAUUAUCUGGAAAUGGAGGACAGAAGCCGCUCGGCUUCAUGACAAGACUAUGGUUGUGUAUCGCGAAUACUGCGAGGAGGCUCUUGCAGCAGAGUGCUGGAACUGGAGCAAAGAAGUUGCACAGAAACCGGAUAUCAUGCAGCUCCCUUGGGACAAUGUAUGUUACUCGCUUGGGGAACUGUAUGUGGCAGGCAUUCAUACAACCAAAAUGGUGCUGGAGCUGUUUGUCAUGGUGAGCAUCUUGUAUCCUGACGUGGUACGCAAGGCACAGCAAGAGCUGGAUUCGGUGGUGGGUGCAGAUCGGCUGCCUUCAUUUGACGACAUGGAAAGUCUGCCGUAUAUCAAUGCGAUCAUUUCUGAGCUUCUGCGAUGGCGACCAAUAUCCCCUAUUGCCGUGCCACAUGCGGCAAUACAAGACGACGAAUACAUGGGGUAUUUCAUCCCCCGAGGUGCAACAGUCAUUGCGAAUCAAUUCGGAAUGAAUAUGGACGACGCAUUGUUCAAUGACCCAUCCAGCUUUCACCCGGAACGGUAUGUAGAGAAUCCGGAUCUUCCAGUGUCGGCUUUUGGGUUUGGCCGGAGAGCCUGUCCCGGUCAGCGCCUGGCUCGGUCAAGCUUGUUCAUUGUUAUUUCGCGUUUGCUUUGGGGUUUCAAUAUCACAUACGCAGACAAGGAGCCACCGACCGAGGAAUCCUCGCCCGCUGCAGUCAAGGCCACAUUUCGAGUCCGGAGUCCUCACAGACAAGAAAUCAUAGAAAGGAAUUGGGCCUUAGCAGAGAAGAAUGAACGCCUUGUCCUGUCACAGAUCGAGUCUAGAAUGCAUAGUAUAUAA